AUGUCGGAUGAAUCAGUGCGUUCUUGUAUUUUGGGUCUUUUACGUCUAACAAAACCGCAUAGCGCUCAGCUGAGACGCCGGUGUAACGACCUAUGGUGUUACGAGUUGCUGCGUUUAUCGGAUGCUCGACUCGUGAACAGACUUAAAUACGUGAUCUGGUGGGCCCCUUUACGUGCUCUAGUGGUGGCCUAUAACAGAGGCAUAUUAAGUGGUCAACGAGUGCUGGAUGCUGUGUAUGACGAGUUACAGCGCCGCGGUGUUUUAGAAGCCCCCCGCGUAAGAGGCCUUGUCGGUGAAAUCAGAUGCUAUCGGCAGUUUUACGAUGCGGGGAGUGACGAAGAAGAGGCUCUCGCUGAGGCGACGAGAGCUGUGGAGGAAACGGAUCUAGAGCGUCAAACAGCCCUCUACCAACCGUUGCACGAGGAGGGGGUGGGGGAAGAACCUAGAGCGAGCACCUCGGCAGCCCCGGCCGAGACGAUACCGCAGUAUUUUACCAUAUAUCGGCCGUUUUACGACGCUGUGAGUGACGAAGAAGAAGAGGUUCUCGCUGAGACGACGAGAGCUGCGGAGGAAGCGGAUCUAGAGCAUCAAACCGCCCUCUACCAACCGCAGCAUGAGGAGAGGGCCGAGGAAGAGCCUAGAGCGAGCACCUCGGCAACCUCGGCCGAGCCGGUACCGCUGCAGCCCGAAUUUGAUGACGACGAGGCGUCGACUAUUCUCAACCCCUCCUUGAUGUUUAGCGAUCGGUCUGAUAUACUGGCUGUGUACCGGCACACCAGAGCUAACGAUGACGACGGAGCGAUAGCGGGUCCAUCGUAUCACCACCAUCGUCAGCAGGAAGAUGAUGACCUCGUACAACCCGAGAAUCAGCUGGGGGUGUAUCCGCUGGACGCUCAACAGGCGGAGGAGGAGGAGGAGAGGGAGGAGGAGGAGCGUCUAAACGAGGAGCGAUUAGAAGCUAGACGCUUCGGCCUAUGGUUUCAAGAGCUGAUGGAGUGUGAUUCAGGGUACUCGUCAGCUGACUCGUCAGCUGUCUCGUUAUUGGCGUACCGCGAUUAGUACGAGAUAUACAAACGGGCGGGGGGAGAACGCGCAAUACACAGGGGUGCGAGGCUUUCGGGGAUGUGCAACCCCCGGGAGGGCGGAUCAUCAUUGCGCACGAUACAGCUCGUUAUUUCAAACGUUUUCGACUACGUGGUCGGGAGAUAACACUGCGUAUCCGCCAACCUCAAGCUGGCGCAAACGUGACAGCAUGGCUUGAAGGAGCAUUCCGCGAUCUUCUGACGCAUCUCACGAGUCACUGUGAGGGUGGUGACUACGCGGGGAUCUCGUUCUCCGCGAGCUGCUUAGCGCACGGCCCCGUCUGGCUUUCAUUCCGCCCUGUCCGCGCCUAUACAUUUGUAGAUAUCUGGCAAUUAAUAACAAACAUAGCUCAAAGUGCAGCGUCUCUGGAUAUUAAUGAUUCUUUCCAUAUAAAAGUAUGUAUCGUUAAAGGUUUGGAGGGCAGGGGGCGAAAAGGUUUGACACACGAGGGCGUUGCUAAAAAAUCAAUUUUAACGAUUCGAAAUACCGACAAUCUGUGUCUACCGCGCUCGUUAGUAACAGCGCGCGCGUACGCGGAAAGGGGUGAGAUACGCUCAGGGGCUCUGCAUUCUAGAUGGCAGCGUAUACGACAGAUUAACGGGUCGCUUCAAAAAGAGGCGGCGCUUGAGCUCACGAGAAGCGCAAAUGUUGUUAUAUAGCCCGCUGGCUGCGGUAUGCGCGAAAUUGCUAU